AACUCACGUGUACCUGACCUUGUCCGAUCAACACUCGCCCUUACAAGGGCAUCGAAAAUGUAAAUACUCUUCUCGGCAGGAGUAGUGUGUGUCUCCAACGCCGUAGUCGCAAGGGCUAAUCAACGGUCUGUGAAUAAUUAGUGUGUGUCUCUCUCUAUAUUUAUACCCUUUCUACGUAUAUGUAUCUAUCAUCUAUGAUUCCCAAAGAUUCUCGCGAGAAGCAAAGUAGAAUUGGAUUCGUCGGCGUCUAUAUUUUGCUUCUUUGCUUGAUUGUUCGGUAAUGGAUCUGCAACUAGGGUUUUAACUUCGGCUAGACCCUAGUUGCGAAUAUAUCACAUCAUAUUUUGACUCGAAAAAUGAAGCAGAGAAGCCACCCUUUUCACACUACUAAGCUAUUGAAGUAUGUUUUGAUCGGAUUGAUUGUAAUGCUGGGAUUGAUUUGUCUGUACUAUGGUUCUUCGUUCGCUCCUGGUCUGCCGAGAGCCGACGAGGCUUCUGCCGUAGACGACGGCACUGAUCCUGUCAUCGGCAGCUUCCUUUUGAAGCAGGACUAUUUCCAUGAAAUCCCAGAAGAUCAAGAGCUCAAUCCUGAAGUCCGCAAGAGCAUACCUAUAUGCGAUAUGCGAUACUCAGAAUUGAUACCGUGUUUGGACAGAAAUAUGAUAUAUCAAUUGAAAUUGAAGCCUAAUUUGACUUUAAUGGAGCACUACGAACGCCAUUGUCCUCCUCUGGAACGGCGUUACAAUUGCCUUAUUCCGCCUCCAAUUGGUUACAGGAUCCCUAUCAAAUGGCCAACUAGUAGGGAUGAAGUGUGGAAGGCAAACAUACCCCAUACACAUCUUGCACAGGAGAAAUCAGAUCAGAAUUGGAUGGUUGUAAGUGGGGACAAGAUAAAGUUUCCUGGUGGUGGAACCCAUUUUCAUGAUGGAGCUGAUAAGUACAUAACCUCUCUUGCAGGGAUGCUUAAGUUUCCUGGUGAUAAACUCAAUAAUGCUGGAAACAUCCGGAAUGUUCUGGAUGUGGGUUGUGGUGUUGCAAGUUUUGGGGCAUAUCUUCUUCCUCUCAACAUUAUAGCUAUGUCGAUUGCACCUAAUGAUGUGCAUGAAAAUCAGAUUCAGUUUGCACUAGAAAGGGGGAUUCCGUCCACUUUAGGUGUCCUGGGGACCAAAAGACUGCCUUACCCAAGUAGAUCAUUUGAAUUGGCUCAUUGUUCCCGUUGUAGGAUCGAUUGGCUUCAGAGAGAUGGGAUUCUUUUGUUAGAAUUGGACAGAUUACUUAGACCAGGAGGCUAUUUUGUGUACUCUUCCCCUGAAGCCUAUUCGCAAGACGCAGCAAAUCGGAGGAUUUGGAGUGCUAUGUAUGAUCUUCUGAGAAGAAUGUGUUGGAGAGUUGUUUCAAGGAGAGACCAAACUGUUAUAUGGGCUAAGUCACUGAGUAAUAGCUGUUACUUGAAGAGAAUUCCUGGGACGCACCCACCAUUGUGCAAUUCUGAUGAUGAUCCGGAUGCAACUUGGAAUGUGCCCAUGAAGGCAUGCAUCACCCCGUACUCUGCAAGGAUGCACAAAGAGAAAGGAAGUGGACUGGAACCUUGGCCGCAAAGGCUUACACUGGCUCCCCCUCGACUUAAAGAAAUUGGAGUCAGUCCAGAUGAAUUUCAAAAGGACACUAGCAUAUGGCAUUAUAGAGUUAUUGAGUACUGGAAGCAGAUGAAAUCUGUAAUACAGAAGAACUCCUUCAGAAAUGUCAUGGAUAUGAACUCAAACCUUGGUGGAUUUGCCGCUGCCCUUAAUGACAAAGAUGUAUGGGUGAUGAAUGUUGCUCCCAUCAAUAUGUCCUCCAAAUUGAAUAUUAUUUAUGACAGAGGCUUCAUUGGAACAGUUCAUGACUGGUGUGAAUCAUUUUCUACAUACCCACGCACCUAUGAUUUGCUUCAUGCUUGGGCAAUUUUUUCAGAGAUUAAGGAGCGUGGCUGUAGCACAGAGGAUCUACUGAUUGAAAUGGAUCGUGUGCUACGGCCAAAUGGGUUUGUAAUCAUAAGAGACAACCCAGCUGUAAUAAACCAUAUACGGAAAUUGCUAACUGCAUUAAGAUGGGAUGGAUGGUCAUUGGAAGUAGAACCAAGAAUUGAUGCGCUCUCCUUGAGUGAGGAAAGAGUUUUAUUUGCAAGAAAGAAGUUAUGGGAGGAAGGUUUUGCCAAGGUGUGAAGCUGCUUUCCUGGUCAGACCAGUACUUUUUCUCUGUGCUUUUGAAAUGAAGAUGGGAAUACAGCAGAUUGAUGGGCAAUUUUUUUCUUUUUCUUUUGUGAAAUAUGUAGCCGUGUAGAGAAACAUCUGUGAACAACAACAACUGAAGCAAAGCAGCAAGGCUUUCCAUGCAUAUUGGGGGGAUUUUUGUAUUUAUUUUGAUAAACUUCCUAGAAACUAAUUUUGAUUUUAGAGUAAAAUCAUUAGAUAUGGUUGGUUC